AUUUCAUGUGGUGCAGUAAAAAGCACGCAAACUCACUCAUAAAGAGCCAUUUCUGCGUAGUUGGAAAGUGAAAAUGCCGAUGAAGCCGCUAAAAGUUAUGUACAUUUGCUUAGCAUGGGCAACAAUAAUACAACAGACCCAUUCCAUAACACACACCAAUAAAUGGCGUCAAAAUAAUAUUUGCUUAAACCACACAGCUGGAGAAUUCGAUAGAAAUCCCGAUGAUUGUCGAUCAUUCUACUUGUGUUUGGAAAAUGGGCAGGCAGUGAUGGCUCCUUGUCCGCCGACAAUGCUUUUCAAUUCAGUCAGUAAACUUUGCGACACUGCCGAAAAUGUCAAUUGUGACAUUACAAUACCCAAUGCUAGUAAUAACAAUAACACUAAUAGUAAUAGUAAUAAUAACGGUAACACCGAUGAUAAUGACAACAGUGAAGCUUUAAGUGCUUCUCGAUAUUGUGCCUCACAGCAAAGUGAACAAAAUCGCAUCGUUUUCGCUGGCAGCAAUAGCAAUUGCCAGCAAUACUUUAUAUGUUAUUAUGGGCAGGCAGUGUUGCAGGAAUGCAGUGCCAACUUACACUGGAAUGUGGAAACCGAUAAGUGUGAUUUGCCUGAAAAAGCUGGUUGUCAGUUGUGGAACGGCGACGUUGGUAUCGCUGAAUACGCACCCGUGAAUGGUAAUGGGAAUAAUGCCAAUAACGCUGAUGCGCUAUCAAAUGGAAGUCAAAAUGGUGAACAAGCCACUGUUGCUGAACUAAUCAAUUGUCCAAUAUAUGGACAACAUAUAUUUCCACACAUGUCGCGUUGUGAGUAUUUUAUUUACUGUGUCAAAGGACAUGCCAUGUUGCAGCAAUGUCCGUUUUAUCACAAUUUCGAUAUUGUGUCGAAAAGCUGUAAAUUUCGCACGAUCGCAGUUUGUGUUCGAGAUUUAAAUAUUAAUUUUAAUAAAUUAAUUGCGAAAUACUAAGCUGUAAUCAGUAAACUCUUUCAUAUUUAAAAGGAAAGCUCAAAAUGAUCACCUGUAGAAUACUUAUGGGUGUA